AUGUCCGAGGCUAUUGACCUGUCCUUGUUGAAGGGUACCCCCCAGGAGAGGGCAGAAAUCUCCGCUGCGCUGCUUCAUGGUCUCAAGACUCGCGGUGGCGUCAAGUUGAAGAACCAUGGUCUGCCGGAUAAACUCGUGCACGAUCUCUUUGACUGGACUCGAAAGUUUUUUGCCCUGCCACACGAUGAUAAGAUGAUGGCCAAGCAUCCUCCCGAAGCAAAUCCAAACCGCGGAUAUUGCUAUGUCGGACAAGAGUCGAUUUCAAGUAUCAGUGGUUACGAGAAGGGCCUUCCGCAAGGCAAGUUCGUUCGCGACAUCAAGGAAACGGUCGACUUCGGUUCGCCGCGUGACGAUCUGGUCGAUAAUAUCUGGGUACCAGAGGAGAAACUGCCAGGCUUUCGCAAGUUCAUGGAAGACUUUUAUGAGACCUGCUUUAAGCUAGAGCUGGAAAUCCUCGCCUCCCUCGCUAAAGCCCUCGGUGUCGACGAGAACCAAAUGGUCGCCCUCCACAACAAAGGCGAGAACGAGUUCCGGAUCCUCCAUUACCCGGAAACCCCAGCAUCAGAACUGGCCGAUGGAACUGCGACGCGCAUCGCAGAGCACACAGACUUCGGUAGCAUCACCAUGCUCUUCCAGGACUCAGUCGGUGGCCUUCAGGUCGAGGAUCAGCAAAAUCCGGGCGUGUUCCGCGGGAUUGAGUCGGCUGAUAAGACAGAGAUCAUAUUGAAUAUCGGCGACUCAAUGCAACGACUCACGAAUGAUACUUUCCGGGCUGCAUGCCACCGUGUCACCUAUCCACCUUCUGUCAAGGUUGGCUCAGAGUCUGUCAUUCCCGAGCGGUACUCAAUCGCAUACUUUGCGAAGCCGAACCGAACAGCAUCGCUUUUCCCCUUCAAGGAGUUCAUCACGCCAUCAUAUCCCUGUCGGUACGAUGACGUGAAUGCAUGGGACUACCAGAAUCUUCGCAUUUCCAAGCUCUUUAAAUAA